GAGUGGAUAUUCUUUUGGUGUGAACGUAAUUGUACACAGAAGAAACAUUGCUUUAGCGUAAAGCAAUGUCGACAUAUUUGUGCUUUGAUUGGGCAUUGAGUUUAUUGUAUACGUAGCCUACAUAAUGAGCUUUCCAAUGCAUUAUAGCCACGGAUUUAACAACGUCCUGCUUUUUGCUGGAACUGAUCAAUUUGUCACGUGACACCACCCGUGCAAAGUAGGAAGUGUAGCAACCGAGCGUGCAUACUGUUUACACUUGCAAGCCGACACAGCAGAUGUUUACCGAGUCCAGGCGGAAUACAUUACAGUUUUAGCAAGAAUUCGGUUAUCUUGGUAUUCCUUUUCGGCGAAAAUUGUAUAAAGAACGAAAUCAGCACUAUCGUUAUUCUUCAGAUCAUAAGCUAGUAGGCUAAGCUAGCAAAUAUUCUUGACAAUGACAUUGCAAAGCAACCCAUUGACCCAUCUGCAAUCGAUACUUGCAGAAUGCGUUUUGUCUGUGGCAUGACAGCAGCUGUGCAUUUUUCUUUAAUAUUUUAUGCUGAAAGACAGUGAAGAUGAUACAGUAGCCAUAUAUACAGUUAGCUAGCAAACAUAAAGCUACAGGAGUCAUGAUUGAAAGCUCUCCCUAACAAACUCCGUCUUCCCGAAUGAUAAGGGAAUAGAUGGACAUGCAGAUAGACCAAAGGUCCCAUGCGCCAUGGCUCCAUGUGAAGUUUAUUGGGACCACCACAUACCUGUGCCAAAGCUGCUACCUGUGCAUGCUAAGCUAGGAGUGGCCCUGCUAGCCCUCCUCUGCUUCAUAAACAGCUACGAUGGGGACUUUGUUUUUGAUGAUUCUGAAGCUAUUAUCAAUAACAAGGACUUGAAUCCAGACACUCCCCUGAACAACAUCUGGAUAAAUGACUUCUGGGGAAGUAACUUGAGCAGCAACUCAAGUCACAAAUCCUACAGGCCUCUCACAGUCCUCACGUUCAGGCUAAACUACCUCGUGGCUGGAGGGCUGCACCCCGUGGGCUUCCAUGUACUGAACAUUGUCCUCCAUGCUGUCAUAUCCGCCCUGAUGAUUGACGUGUUUGACAUACUUAUCGGUGGGCUGGCCUACGAUGGUGAGGGGAGGAGCCUCUACCAGGCUCCUAAGACCUCUCUAUUGGCUGCUCUGCUCUUCGGCGUCCACCCUGUCCACACUGAGAGUGUGGCAGGGAUAGUGGGUCGAGCAGACCUUCUGUGCGCCCUGUUCUUCCAGCUCUCCUUCCUCACCUACUGCAAAGCCUUUCACAGAGGGGGAGACAGGGGGGAGAAGGUGUCUGUCCGGUGGAUCGCCUUCAGCCUCUCGCUGUGUGCUGCAGCCAUGCUCUGUAAGGAGCAAGGCAUCACUGUCCUGGGGGUGAAUGCGGCCUUCGACGUGCUCCUCAUCUGCAAAGUCAAUGUGUUUGAGCUCAGCCAGAGGCUGCUACUGGGCAGGAAGCCUGCAAACGUGGGCGGGAUACUGCCGACAGGACUCCUGACUCGAUUGGCUCUCCUGGCCGUGGGAGGAGUCUUACUGAUUUACUCGCGCUGGAGGAUCAUGGGAACGGGGCCACCAGCGUUCACUGAAGUAGACAACCCAGCCUCCUUUGAGGAGAGUGUGUUUCUCAGAAUAGUGAACUAUAAUUACUACUACUCUCUCAAUGCCUGGCUGCUGCUCUGUCCCUGGUGGUUGUGUUUUGAUUGGUCCAUGGGCUGCGUGCCUCUCAUUAAGUCAACCGCCGAUUGGAGGAUGGUGUGGCCUCUGCUGCUCUGGUGCGUCCUGAUAGGCUUGAUAAGCCAAGCCUUAUGCUCACAGGACGGGCAGAAAAGGAGGACUUUGACCCUGGGCUUGGUGCUGAUGGGGGUGCCCUUCCUGCCUGCCUCCAAUGUCUUCUUCAGGGUGGGCUUUGUGAUCGCCGAGAGGGUCCUGUACCUGUCCUCCGCUGGCUACUGUCUGCUGCUGGCCUACGCCCUGGGGGCCUGCUGCCUUCACUGGAGGGCACUCAGGAAGCCGUUCCGAGGUUGUGUGCUGGCUCUGCUGUGUGUGCAUGUGUCUCGCUGUGCUCUGCGCAGCCACCAGUGGCGGUCUGAAGAAAGCCUCUUCACCAGCGCCCUGUCUGUCUGCCCGCUCAACGCCAAGGUCCAUUACAACGUAGGUAAAAACCUGGCUGACAGGGGAAACAGCUCGGGUGCUAUAAAGUACUACAGAGAAGCUGUCAGGCUUCACCCGACCUACGUCCACGCAAUGAACAACCUGGGCAACAUCCUGAAGGAGAGGGAGCAGCUGGACGAGGCCGAGCGACUGCUGGCCAAGGCCGUCUCCAUACAGCCGGACUUUGCUGCGGCCUGGAUGAACCUGGGGAUCGUUCAGAACAGCCUGGGGAAGUUCCAGGAGGCAGAGCAGAGCUACUGGAACGCCAUCCGUUUCCGGAGGAAGUACCCUGACUGCUACUACAACCUGGGACGCCUGUAUGCUGACCUAAACAGACACCUGGAUGCUCUCAACGCUUGGAGGAAUGCCACUGUGCUGAAACCUGACCACAGUCUGGCCUGGAACAACAUGAUCAUCCUUCUGGACAACACAGGCAACCUGGCCCAAGCUGAGAUGAUAGGCCGGGAGGCGCUGAAGCUCCUCCCUAACGACCACACCAUCAUGUUUUCAUUGGCCAACGUCCUUGGCAAAACCCAGAAGUAUCAGGAGUCUGAGGGAUUCUUUCUCCAAGCUCUCCGGAUCAACCCUAAUGCUGCUAGUUGCCAUGGAAAUCUAGCGGUGCUGUACCAUCGCUGGGGCAGACUGGACCAGGCUAAGAGGCACUAUGAGCUGUCUCUGAACCUGGACCCAAACGCUCCUGGCACCAGGGACAACUACAACAUGCUGCGACGCAAACUGGACCAGCAGCAACGCACCGCACCGUGACCACUGCAAACUGGACGAUACCGUGACCACUGCAAACUGGGCCGCACACUGACCACUGCAAACUGGACGAUACCGUGACCACUGCAAACUGGCCCAUAACAUUACCACUUCUAAAUGGGCCACAUUCUAAUCACUUCCAACUCAAUCGGCUACAACAAGUCAAACCACAAACACGGCCCAGCCGCAAUUAACCACUCCAUGACCGCUCCAAACAAGCUACAAGAAAGACUGACCACAGACUGCCCAAACAAACUGGUCCCUGAGGAACAGAACCACUGCAAAGCGGAGCAGGUUGACGACCGUGACCACUGAAGAACGGCCCUGGUCACCUGCCUGGUCCUGGGGCCCAGAGCAGAGCUGACUCCACCACUGCAUUCUGCAACACACACACUUUUAUAGUCAUCCUUUUGUUUCCAAUUUCAUUCCAACUUUGUACUACUUUCAUUAUUUAAAACAAAGAAGGAAAUAAAGACCAUGA